AUGCCGAUGACGCCUCCGUUGAACAUGCCACAGAACAAUCUCGGCACUAUUCACGACCCAAGUGAAGCCAGUGUGAUUGCACUUGCGAAGGAUGUCGGCACAGCAGAACCUUUGCAUGUGACUCAGAUACAGUGGGAAGAGAACAAAGCGGAGAUCAAACGAAUCUAUCUCGACAAGGACAGGUCCUCGAGUGAGACCAUGAAGCACAUGGAAAGCUUGGGAUUCGUGGCCUCGUCGAAGCUUUAUAAAGAGAAACUGAAGGAAUGGAAUUUCCUGAAGAAUCUCUCAGGCGAGACAGCAUAUUGGUUGCUGAACCAUGCCCAAGAGCGAAAAUUGGCAGGCAAAGGCACACACUAUAAGUUUGCUCUAGCCGAGAUAACAUAUGCAACACCAUCAGCAUAUGCCGCGUCACCCUUCGACGCAUCGUCCGCUACUCCAGCUACGCCUUCGGAUAUGAACAAGGAAAACGGUAGGGAAGAAGAAUUGUGGUAUCCUAGGUUCACGUAUGAUGGAAAUUCGAAAAGCUACUAUGACGAUCUGGUAUCGAAGGCUGGGCAACUUUUAAGGUUAGGUCAACAUACUGAAGCCUUGGAGAAUUAUCUAGACGCACCGGCUGGCUAUCGAAAUCUGUUAUCGCCAACGAAUGACCUGGUCACCUCUUUGGUCUACAAAGUCGCCCAGCUGUACAUGCACUUGCAGGACAUGAAGAUAGCCGAUAGAAUUCUAGAAUCAGCAACUGAAGCUCACGUGCGUGAGCACGGCCUUUGGGAUGAAAGGAAAGUACAGCACAUUAGCCAACUCAUCAAGAUGCUACAAGGCUGGGCUCGCCAGAACGAAGCACUGCCGCUUGUUCUGAAUCUGCUUCAACGCCAGAAACAUGAAUCUUACUCAAAUUUGCCUUCGUCUUCGUCUACUAUCUCUGCCAACUUCGACACAGCAGAGAUCCGGCGUCACUUAGCCAUGGCAGAAAUGAUCGCUUCAGUCAUGGACGAGACUACCAAAGCAGGAUUGGUCGCAAUAGCGCAACGUUGCGAAGCCCAGCCUUUGGACUUCCCACAGCAAACACUUGAUGUUUGGGUCGCACUAAUUCGCACCUACAAGGACGCAGGGGACGUUCACCAUGUACAAGACGCCUUGAGUCGUGCGGCCGUCUCUUUCCGCACGCUCAAUGACCUGGAAGAUGAAGCUUGGACGAUCCCCUUGUUCUCGUCUCUACCAUCCCUUAUGGAAGUAUUCAUCGGGUACGGCAAGCACGAAUUCGUCGAUGGUGUGCUCCUUGCUGUGGAGGAGCGAGCAGAGUAUACACUCUACAACGGCCCUGACAGCAUGAUUGAUCUUUUUCUCCGUAUGGGUAUGCUUUACCAACGAGAGGAUAUGUGGGAAGAAGCAGAUCAUUAUUUUCAGUACGCGCAAGCAGCAAGUGCAAACGCUUCUGGGCGUAUGAAUACAUGA